CAAGCAAAACUCCCUUUCAUUCAACCCACCAAACACAAAACCUCUCUGCCUCUCAAAUAUUCAACCAAGAAAAGAAAGGAAUUCCCUUGCCACACACUAGAGCUCUUUAUCUAUCCUCUCUCUCACCAUUUUGGAAUUCUGCAAUCUCAGAAUCUCCUUUCUUUACAAGCUUACAAUGGUUACAUUUAUCAGAAGAAUCAUUGUCAGCUACAUUUUCCUGGCGUUAUGUCUCUUUGCAGGAACAGGGCUUUUCCAAGGUGCAAUGUCGUUUGGAAUCAACUAUGGUCAAGUUGCCAACAAUUUGCCACCACCAGACAAAGUUAUGGAGCUUUUGAGCUCCCUUAAGCUCACAAAAGCAAGAAUCUACGACACCAAUCCUCAGGUGUUAACUUCUUUUGCUGAUUCCAACGUUGAGCUCAUUGUAACUGUGGAAAACGAAAUAUUAAGCCAGUUGGGUGACCCUCAACAAGCCCUUCAAUGGGUGAGCACCCACAUCAAACCGUACCUACCGGACACAAAGAUCACAGGGAUUCAAGUAGGAAAUGAGGUCUACAGUGAUGACGACAUGAACCUCGUUCAGUAUUUAGUACCGGCCAUGGUUAACAUUGAUAAUGCUCUAGCUCAGCUAGGUAUAGGCUCAAACAUCCAUGUUUCAACACCUUCUUCCUUAGCAGUGCUUCAGGAAUCUUACCCUCCUUCAGCUGGCAGUUUCAAAAGUGAGAUUUCGGGGAUCAUGAACCAGCUUUUGAACUUCCUGUCGAGCACCAAGUCACCUUUUUGGAUCAAUGCCUACCCUUAUUUCGCUUACAAAGAUAACCCAACAGGGAUUUCUUUGGACUAUGCAUUGUUUAAUCCUAAUGCAGGGAUGGUUGACCCCAACACCCGCCUGCACUAUGAUAAUAUGCUGUACGCUCAAGUAGAUGCGGUCAUAUUUGCCAUGGCUAAACUGGGCUUUAAUGGGAUAGAGGUUAGGGUAUCAGAAACUGGCUGGCCAUCAAAAGGAGACCUUAAUGAAGCUGGUGCAACAGUUAUAAAUGCAGCAACUUACAACAGAAAUUUGUUGAGAAGGCAAAUGGCAAAUGAAGGGACACCUCUAAGGCCUCGAAUGAGGCUGGAAGUAUACCUAUUUGCUUUGUUCAACGAGGACAUGAAGCCUGGACCAACCUCAGAAAGAAACUAUGGCCUCUUUCAACCUGACGAGUCCAUGGCUUACAAUGUAGGGCUAUCUGCUCUCUCAACCACUUCAUCAACUUCAAUUUCGCUUACCUCCUCCGCCGCUAAGACAAGGUAAAACGAUAAGUUCGUUGUUUUCACCUUUAUAAAAGGUUAAUUUAGCCGAUAGCAGAACUAAUAGGGUACAAAGAGAAAAUGUAUAGUCCACAAUUAAGAUACGUGAAUGUCAAUGUAAAGCAGGAUUUAUAUAUGGUUCUCAUAUACACUCGUGUAAUUAUAUAUUUUCAACAAAUAAAAAAAAUCUUAUUACUUGUUAGUUUGCCCACAAUUGUUAUUCAUAUGCUUUUUAUGUCAAUCGGAUUAUAUUCUAAUAUCCUUUCCUCCUCACAUUUUACUGUGAAACAGGCAGCUCCAAUGGAAUACAGGAUUUUGGUCUUCUGGACGAUCGUGUGUUCGAUGACCUCAGCCCUUUUUGCGAGAACAACAUUAUAGGCCUAUGGGGUUACCCAUGCAUAUACAAACAAGAACAGUGGGGAUUUUACUUCCUUCAAGUCGCAAAACAGAGACUUUGCUCAAAACAGAGGCACUUCAAGAAAGACGCGAGUUACCCUAUUUUGCAGAAAUAGGGACCAAUACACUUUCCAGACGAUGGAGGCUACAAAAUCAUCCAUGUUGUAAAGGAAAAGAGGAUCCGAAUAGGAACAUCAUGCUAUUACAAGUCACUUUCCUUCGACAAGCAUGUGGUGGUGACGUGAAAUUGAACAUAUUUUUAGGGAGAUAAGGGACAAAAUCCAUGUCAUUCUUUAUUUCAGGAUGAUGUAGAAGAAUAAGUUCUAGUUUCGGUUUACUUACUUAAAAUCAUCAACUAGGACAUGAAUUUGUAUGUUGCUGAUCAUGUAGAGUUAAUUCCAUUCAUGCAACGAAGAAAAAAAGUUGCAGCUUGAGGAGAAAGUGUUGUCGAAGCUAGCCUUGUCUGCCUUAUGUCUCAACUCAUUGGUUGGUAGGAAAAGCUCCUUUGGGGACGUGGAAUCCAUAACUGUUCCUAUUUGUGUAUAUAUAAAUACAAAGAUUACUAUUUCUACACUCUUUUCCCCCCUCACCAAGUAUCUUGCAUAAAAGUUCAAUAAAAAUAUGAUUUCAUUA